UAAUUGUGAAACCUUAAUGUUUACUCUGUAAGCAUGGUGACACAACGUGGACGUUCACCUGUUUCUAUUUGAUUGGUCAACUGAAAGCAGGAAAGUGUUGCUGUAUUUUACCAAAAUUUUGAUUAUUACGAAACUAAAGUCAUGAUCUCCCGAAGACGGGUAACGUUCAAAUGCGUAACACUUAUUGGUGCGACAUGCCUCGUUUUAUUUGUGAUCAACUCCAUGAGAGCGACCUCUGGCGACGAUGAAUUACACAGGCUACUGGGAAGAGAACACCAGGAAAAUUUGCUUGAUCUGAACACUGUCUUGAAAUCGAGACGGAAAGCAAACGGACGGUACAUGACCCGAACGUUGACCGACAAGGGAAGGUCGAAGGAUCUAACAGGGUUUGGAGAUAUUGAACAGGAACAAGGUAAUGAAUGGGUUAAUAAUUUCCAACUAAAUGCCAGGCUUCAAUUCAACAAUGAACUGCAUCAGCUGGAGGGCGAUAUCAAAAAUCCAGAGCCUGUAAAAGAAAAUGUCGAAAUAAUCAACAAAGAACAAACCGAUGAUGAGGAGAGCAGAGUUCUCCCGGUCCUCAUUGAUGGUGAUCAUUUGCAGAACGACUUAGAUCUUGAUACAAGAGAUCAAGAUAAACAACCGGACCGAGACAUUAUACAGAAGGAUGAAGGUAAUAUUGACAUUGCUGUGCAAAGCCAGGACAAACAUGAAGCAGUGGUCGUUGACACGGUAAAGGUGGCAGCGUCGGGGAACAAGUCACCGCUUAAAAAUAAAACCUUGCCUGCCAAAACAUCAAGGAAACGGGUUAGAGUGAUUCGUAAGACUAUGAGAAACGGGAAAGUUAUCCAUGAAGAAGUCGUAGGCAUUAAAACAGUUAUAACAAACGAGAACAAUAUCAGGAUAAAAGGACAAGGAAACAUACCGACUUAUGAUGAGAUCUGGUACAGCGAUAUUCUGAACGGUAACUUCAAAGCCAAUCCGAUACUACUCAAGAAUAAAACUCGAGAAAGUCCUUAUCUGACAGAAAAGCUUUGGCGCUUUCAGGAUACUAACUCCGAGCGACUCUUUCUCUAUGAAAGGCUGUUAAAUCACGGAUGGAGUAGAAACUUAACAAACCUUAACCAUCUCAGGCUAGAGCUUUUAGAGAGUGGCAUCGAUGCUGAAAAUAAUCUCAUUGUAACUCAGAAAAACGCCCAAUUAGGUUCUUUACUUCCGUUCUACAUAAGCACCAAGGUUCCCGAUGGAGAAACGACUAAGAGAGUUCAAGCCUACAAUGUGUCUGCACAGUUUAGACAAAGCAUACCUCAGGAGUCGCCGUUUCGUGGCAAGAGAUAUAAACGCUGUGCCGUUAUAGGAAAUAGUGGAAGUCUUCUCAACAGUGGUUGUGGUGCUGAAAUAGAUGGCUUUGAUAUGAUAUUCAGAUGUAAUGCUGCACCAAUCGAUAAAUAUGCACACGACGCUGGAUGGAAAAGCAACAUCACAACAUUUAAUCCAAGUAUAUUUUAUAGGAGAUUUAAUGCUCUGAAGACGAAAGAAGAUUAUCUACGAUUUAAAGAGAACAUCACCCAGUAUCAUGGCUUCAUCUGGCUCGCAUGCUUUGGAUCUGCAGCUCUCCAUAAUGUCUGUCUUACGCCAAUUCUCGCCAAAGAUUCCGGGGAAGCAAAGACCCCUCGUCUUGUGUUGUCGAAUCCUAAUCAGUUCGUCAACUUUUGGGAAUUCUGGAAGACAAGAGACAUCGCCAAGACGCCAUCUACUGGAUUCUUCAUGACACAUGCAUCAUUAGAGCUUUGUGAGGAGACCCAUCUGUACGGCUUCUGGCCGUUCCCUCUGCGAUUAGACUCGACGUUCGAGCGGGUACCGUACCACUACUUCGAUGACCUGAUUGUAUCAAAGCGGCACGGAAUGAGUGACGAAUUUUCUGUGUUUCUACAAUACCACGAAUUAGGCAUAUUGCGUUUACACACAGGCAAAUGUCAGAGAGAGAAGACUUGAUUAAUUUUCUUUUUACUUUGUAAUAUUGUAUUGCAAUAACAAAUUGUUGUCAUAUAUAGAAGGUGGGCUUUCAUUUUGCCAUUCUACAAUGAGCAUCUCAGUUGUUAUCAAAAUUCACUUGAGAAAAAUCGAACAUCGAGACCUUUGUUCUAGCUUUGUUUACAAAACAAUAGAUCUGUAACCAUCUUUAUUAUGAAUGUAUAAAUAAAGAGAGAAAGAGAGAGAGAGAGAGGGAGUCGUGAUAGAUCUCCAAGUAUUUAUCGAAUCCCAAUGUAUUCAGUUAAAAAGAGGUGGCUAAAUAAGACAAUCAGUGCUAUCCUUUAUAAAUGCAAAUCCAAUAUGUGAUUUCCAAUUUCCGGAAAUAACCAUUGCAGAAUUAUUAAUGAGCAAAACGUGUCUGCUGAAUGAAAUCUAUAUGUAAAUUUCACUUUGUGAUUUUGUUUCUCUCAAUCAUUUGCACCGCACUCAGAAAGGCAUUUACAAUUCAUUUCUCAAGGGGAGCCAUUUUUUAUAUUUUCAUUCCGAUGGAUGCGUGUAAAAAUAAUUACCCGUAAUAUAUAUUUUGUUCAUUUUUUCCGUAUUAAAAAUGACUUGCCUUUUCAUCUUUUAUUUAAGUCAGUGAACUACGAUAGUUCUUUUUUAACAACAUGAAAACCUUAUUUGUUCAAGGACACGAUGCAGCGCUAGAGGUGUCAUGAACACAAAUUCAAAUUAUAAUUCGUAAAAUAAAAGUACGGAAAACGCUUACUCGACUAGAAUCAGUACUAACUAUUGCAGUAGUAUUAUUCAUCGUUAUAGUUCAAUUUGCAUUAUUAUUGUA